GAGACCUGCCAGCCCAGUCUCCACAUCGUUGAAUUUAGUAUUUUUUCUGUUUCUUUAGUCAGCGCUAUAAUUUGCUUCAUAUAGUUCCGGCUUUUGCGUUUCUCAUUUUGUACAGUCUUUGUCGCGUUUAUCACGAAUCAGUCAUGGUUAACGUGACAUGCUAACUAGCUAAGCUAACAGUCUCCGCUCGUGACUGAUUAGCAUGCUGAAGCAGGUCUAGCUCUCGAUGUUAUUUAAUUGAAGGUUUUCCAUCAAGUUAUUUUGAAUCGACAGACGUCUGUAAGCUUCUGACACCAGCAUCAUGUUUAUCUACCUCAGUAAGAAGAUCGCCAUACCCAACAACAUCCAUCUAAAAUGUGUCUCCUGGAACAAAGACCAGGGCUUUAUAGCCUGUGGGGGAGAUGAUGGCCUCCUUAAAGUACUUAAGCUCGAAACUCAGACAGAUGAUGCCAAGCUUAAAGGUCUAGCUGCACCGAAUAAUCUGUCAAUGAACCAGACUCUGGAUGGACACAGUGGUGCGGUGCAGGUGGUCACGUGGAACGAACAGUAUGAAAAGCUGACGACCAGCGACCAGAAUGGACUCAUCAUUGUUUGGAUGCUUUACAAAGGUGCAUGGUACGAGGAGAUGAUCAACAACAGGAACAAGUCAGUGGUGAGGAGCAUGAGCUGGAACGCCGACGGUCAAAAGAUCUGCAUUGUGUAUGAAGACGGGGCGGUCAUCGUUGGAUCUGUAGAUGGUAACAGGAUCUGGGGGAAGGAGCUGAAGGGGAACCAGCUUGCUCAUGUGGCGUGGUCACCGGACAGUAAGAUCCUACUCUUCGGUAUGGCCAGUGGGGAUGUACAAAUCUACGACAAUCAAGGAAACUUCAUCAUGAAAAUGACCAUCAGCUGUCUCACCAAUGCGACCGGAGCAGUCAGUAUCGCCGGGAUCCACUGGUACGCCGGAUCCGGUGGCUACGUCGAGCCAGACUGCCCGUGUCUGGCCAUCUGCUUCGACAAUGGAAGAUGUCAGAUCAUGCGCUAUGAGAACGAUGAAAACCCAGUGUGUAUCGACACCAUGAUGAAUGUCGUCAGUAUCCAGUGGAACCACUGUGGCAGCGUGCUGGCCGUGGCUGGCUGUCUUCGAGCCUCCAACGUGGAGAAAGAAUUCAAUGUGGUGCAGUUCUACACGCCUUUUGGGGAGCAUCUGAGGACUCUGAAAGUGCCCGGGAAGCAGAUGUCCGGAGUGGCCUGGGAGGGAGGAGGGCUGCGGAUCGGUCUGGCCGUGGACUCCCACAUUUACUUUGCCAACAUAAGACCAGAUUACAAGUGGGGCUACUGCUGCAGCACAGUGGUCUAUGCCUACACAAAGCCGGAGCGCCAGGAGCACUGCGUGGUGUUCUGGGACACCAAGAACAACGAGAAGUUCGUCAAAUAUGUCAAGAGCCUGAUGUCCAUCACGACCUCUGGGGAUUUCUGUAUUCUGGCCAGCAAGGCAGACGACACACAACCCCAGUACGUCCUGAUCCUCUGCAACUCCAUUGGGACUCCACUGGACACAAAACACAUUGACAUUGAUCCACUCUUUGUCACCAUGACCAAGACUCACGUGAUCGCUGCAUCCAAAGAAGCUUUCUACCUGUGGCAGUACAGAGUGGCAAAGAAACUGACUGCGCUGGAGAUCAACCAAGUGACCAGAACGAAAAAGGAGGGCAGGGAAAGGGUCUACCACAUCGACAGCAACCCGUCCGGAGCCAGCGACAGCGGUCCGGACUUUGCAAAAUCCUUCCCUGCAACUCGAGAUCCCAUCUGCAGCAUCACAGCAACAGAUAAGACCCUGAUAGUGGGUCGUGAGUCGGGCACAAUCCACAGAUACAGCCUUCCCAAUGUUGUCCUCAUCCAGAAGUACUCUCUGAACAGCAGGGCUUAUCAUCUGUCCUUGAACUGUAACUCCAGCCGCCUGGCCAUAAUCAACAUCGCGGGCGUCCUGUCGUUGCUGGACUUGGACGUCAGCGUCUCCUCGGACGACGGCUCGGGGAAUCAGGCUUCUGCCGGAGAUCCAUCCAAGUUCGAACGCAAAGACGUCUGGGACAUGAAGUGGGCGAACGACAACCCGGAUCUGUUUGCUAUGAUGGAAAAGACCAGGAUGUACGUCUUUAGAAACCUGGAUCCAGAGGAGCCCAUCCAAACAUCUGGAUACAUCUGCAACUUCGAGGAUCUGGAAAUCAAAUCUGUCUUGCUGGAUGAAAUCAUGAAGGAUCCCGAGAGGCCGAACAAAGACAACCUCAUCAACUUUGAAAUCCGCUCCCUGAGGGACAGCCGCACGCUGAUCGAAAAAGUGGGCAUCGAAGACGCUUCUCAGUUCAUCGAAGACAACCCUCACCCAAGACUCUGGCGUCUGCUGGCCGAGGCCGCCCUCGAGAAGCUGGACCUGAAGACGGCCGAGCAGGCCUUCGUCCGCUGCAACGACUACCAGGGCAUCGAGUUCGUCAAGCGGCUGGGCAACCUGCAGAGCGAGCCCAUGAAGCAGGCGGAGGUGGCGGCUUAUUUCGGCAGGUUUGAGGAAGCCGACCGCAUGUACUUGGACAUGGAUCGCAGGGAUCUCGCCAUUAGCCUUAGGAUCAAGCUGGGCGACUGGUUCAAGGUGCUCCACCUGCUGAAAACCGGCUCUGGAGACUCUGACGAUGCUCUGCUGGAACAAGCUUACAACGCCAUCGGAGACUACUUCGCUGAUAGACAGAAAUGGGUGAAUGCAGUGCAGUACUACCUGCAGGGUCGCAACCAGGAGCGAUUAGCAGAGAGCUACUACAUGUUAGAGGACUACGACGGCCUGGAGAGGCUGACCGCUACGCUGCCGGAGAACCACAAACUGUUACCGGAUAUCGGACAGAUGUUUGCGACAGUCGGCAUGUGCGAACAGGCAGUGAAAGCCUAUCUGAAGUGCAACCAGCCCAAAGCCGCCGUGGACACGUGUGUUCACCUGAACCAGUGGAAUAAAGCGGUGGAACUUGCCAGGACUCACAACAUGAAGGAGAUCAAAUCUCUUCUUUCCAAAUAUGCGUCACACCUUCUGGAGAAGAACAAGAUUUUGGAGGCGGUUGAACUUUACCGGAAAGCUCACCAUUUCCUCGACGCAGCCAAGCUCAUGUUUAAGAUCGCAGAGGAGGAGGCGCAGAAAAGAAGCCGACCCCUGAGGGUGAAGAAGCUCUACGUGCUGGCGGCGCACCUCGUGGAAAAUUACCACGAGCAGGUGAAGAUGUCACAGCAGAGCAAAGCCAAGGAAAAGAAGUCUGAGGCGACAUUUGCACUCGCCGGGCUGCUGGAGGAAGACGCGUCCUCCGCAGACAGUCGGAUCGUGGACAACGCCUGGCGUGGAGCGGAGGCCUACCACUUCUUCCUGCUGGCCCAGAGGCAGCUGUACGGCGGCUACACGGAGAACGCCAUGCGGACAGCGCUCCACCUGCGGGAGUACGAGGACGUGAUCCCGGCUGUGGAGAUCUACUCCCUGCUGGCCGUUUGCGCCACGGCCAGCCGCGCCUUCGGCACGUGCUCCCAGGCCUUCAUCAAGCUGGAGUCCCUGGAGAGCCUGGGCCCGGAGCAGCGGCAGCUCUACGAGGGUCUGGCCCUGGAGAUCUUCACCAAACACAGCCCCAAGGACAGCCGCGCCUUCCAGCUGGAGAGCUCCAUGGACGGGCCUGAAGGAAAACUACCAACGUGCAUCGUGACGGGCCUGCCGAUCCAGGAGUACCAGUUCUGGAUGUGCGGCACGUGCAAACACUGCGCCUCAGAGCAGGAGAUCAGCAAGUACAACUGCUGCCCGCUGUGCCACGCUCCUGUGGGGUGA